AGCACACUUGAUGGGUACAUGUCCAUGAUUUGCCGAUAUCUGAAGCAAAAUGGAUAUAAAUAUGACAUUAAAAUAGAUGAUGAGUUUAAGAAAUCCAGAGAUUGCCUCAAAGCAAAAAAACAACAACUGAAAGAGAUGGGAAUGGGCAACCGACCAUAUGUUUCAGACGCAGUGGAAUUAUCUGAUGAGGAGACCAUGAUAGAGGCAGGGUCAUUAGGCAUGGACAACCCUGAAGGUCUGGUCACUCUCCUGUGGUACUUAAAUACACGAAAUUUUGGACUACGUGGAUGCCAUGAGCAUAGGCAGUUGAAGUGGGGGGAUGUUAAAUUGGUUGCUACCCCAGAAAAACACCUGGUCUAUAAUGAGCGACUCACAAAAACAAGGGAUGGAACAAACUGCAAAAAUACCAGAGCAUAUGCGCCUAAAGCAUGGAUAAACCAUGACAAUCCCGAAAAAUGUCAUGUAUCUGCAUACGAGAAGUAUAAAAAUCACAGACCGCAAGAAAUGCAGAAUGACACCAGUCCAUUUUAUCUUGGAAUAAACCAUUCUAAAAAAGGCAAAGCGGUCACUUGGUACAAGAACAUGCCUAUGGGUGAAGGAAAGCUUCGCACACUGAUGAAAUCUGCAGCAACAAAAGCCAACAUAACAGACAAAAAACUCACAAAUCAUUCUGGUCGUAGGACAGCUGUAACACGUCUUAUAGAAGAGGGCCUUCCAUUAACUGUUGUUCAACAGCAUACAGGCCAUAAAAACAUUCAAUCCCUCUUAUCAUAUCAGAAAAACAGUCUUAAGAAACAAAAAGAAAUAGCACAUGUGUUAGAUGGUGGUUCUUCCGAGUCAGUAUCAAACAGUAAAGGUCAACCAGAACAAAGAUCUGAAAGUCCAGGUGUACCAACUAAAUCAGAUCAAAACAACAAUACAGACACUUCUCAACUUAAAAAUUCAGCAAUGCUCUUUCCACAGGGAACUAUAAUAAAUGGAGGAAAUUUCAAUUUCAAUUUUGGAAAUUCAACUACUUCAAGUACUUGCCAAGAUGACAAUGCUGGUCCAAAACCCAAGCGCAGACGUGUUCAGGUUAUUGAAUCAGACAGUGACUGAUCUACUGAUAUAUUAAUCUAUACAUUUGUUUCAUACAUGAAAUAAU